AAAGAAACGUUCGAUUAGUCAUAUUCAUUCGCUUGCUCGGAUUGUCGUUUAGUCGUCGCUCAAAAUAUUAAUUAAUUUGUCACUCGUUCUCGUUCCAGUUGAGAUUGGGAAUCUUUACGAGUCGGUUGUUAUAAUUUUACUCGAAAUACCAGCAGCAGAGAUCGAGUAUGUUUUGUUAACUGGCUAGUGUAUUUGUGUGUACAUUGUCAAUCGUAAAAAGUGACCACGCGAUCCGAAUCGAGAGAAAAUAGUGAAAAAGCGGCCAUCGGAAAAGAAAAGCAAAAAAUAUCGAUUUAGGUGAAAAGUGCUCACUGAUCGGUUUGUAGCUUUCAGUAGUAAUAUUGUCGGUGUUAUUCUAAAUUCGAAGAAAAAACAAAACCCCAGUAGGUCUGGAGAUUGACCCCAUUAACCGUGCGGUUUCUUGUUUUUUCCGACAUGGGAUUCCUUUCGUGGGUGUAAUCUUGAAUGAAUGCUAGAAUCGCUUCUCCGUUUGUCCGGGCAAGGGGAAAGUGCCACAGUGAGUUUCUGCCCCUUCGAUUAGCGUGUUGCUGAUAUAUUGCCUGCGUUGAUGUGUUGGAAGUCAUCCGAGGAUAUCAGUGGUGUAGUAGUGCUGCAGUAUUGUAACAGAAGAUAACAUUUUUUUACUGAAUUAUCCGAUUGUGCCUCGGUACACGUCCUUGACUGAAGUGUGAUGGAGCUGGUUCAUGCAAUCACGGGAACAUUCUGGUCAACCAAAGUCUGGCUGCCCCCAAACGUCACCUGGGACGACAUCCGACCGGGAGUUCGGCCGGAUGUGAAUCAUGCCGACUAUAGACACCUGGUGUAUCCCAUUCCGCUGGCAGCAGUCAUUCUGCUGAUACGGUUCGUCGUCGAGCGGUAUUGGAUCGCACCAAUCGGCAAAGCGAUAGGCAUCAAAAGCACAGGCCCAAAACCACCUAUACCAAACAAGACACUGGAAUCGGCCUACAACAGCAAUAGUCGGCUAAAUCAUAGAACCAUCGUCCAACUAACGAAACAGACCGAUCUCAGCGAGCGACAAAUCGAACGAUGGUGGCGACGUCGGAGGGCACAGGACAAACCGACCACCCUGAUCAAGUUCAGCGAGAACUCGUGGCGGUGCAUCUACUACACGUACAGCUUCAUCUUCGGCUGUAUUGUGAUGUGGGACAAACCGUGGCUUUGGGAAAUCAAGCACUGCUGGUACGGCUAUCCGCACCAGUCGGUUACGAAUGACAUCUGGUGGUACUACAUGAUCUCGAUGGCCUUCUACUGGUCACUGACGGCUUCCCAGUUCAUUGACGUCAAGCGGAAGGACUUUUGGCAAAUGUUCACCCAUCACAUGAUAACGAUUCUGCUAAUGGCGCUGAGUUGGGUGUGUAACCUGCAUCGGGUUGGUUCGCUGGUUCUGCUGGUGCAUGAUUGUGCCGAUAUCUUCUUGGAGGCCGCAAAGAUUACGAAGUAUGCACAGUAUCAGAAACUUUGCGAUGCAAUAUUUGCAGUUUUCACCGUGGUAUGGAUCAUCACUCGACUGGUGCUUUAUCCUCGAGUCAUCUACAGUUCCUCGGUUGAGGCUCCACAGAUACUACCGAUGUUCCCAGCGUACUAUAUUUUUAAUACCCUGUUAAUCCUUCUGCUUAUCCUGCACAUCGGAUGGACCUAUCUGAUUAUGCAGAUCGUUAUCAAAGCAAUCAAAUGCGGACAGAUGGACGGUGAUGUUCGCUCGAGCUCUAGCGACGAACUAUCGGACAGCUCCGAGAAUGCCCGACCCGUCGUAGCCAAUGGGACUCCAAAGAAACAGCACCGGCCGUCGCCGAGCAAACCGACAUCCGGCUCUAACCAGUCGUCACCUAAGAAGUAGAGGCAGAGGCAUGUUCCGAUCAUCGUUAGGCUGCUACUAAUAUUAUUAUUAUUACUACGUUUACUUCUAUUUCUACUGCUACAACAACAACAACUACUACUACUACCGCUGUUACUAUGCUAGUAUAAAGAAAUGCGUGUGUUGGAGAGUAAAUAAUAUUUAAACAAAGUUAACCCAAUCUAUUUAAGUGAAUGGAAAUUUUCUUGGUACUGAAUCACAGAACACGAGAAAUCAGAAUGAAUCGUUUAAAAAUGAGCGCAAGUGUCUAAAUUACUGAACAUAUUUUAGAACCAAUUUUUGCUAUUGAUAUAUUUAUUAUUUUGGUAAAAGAAAAUGAAUGAUCGUUGUCGACAAAGAAAACUAUUUUAAACGGUAUGUUCUGCGAGUGCAGCUUGCGCAGAGAAUCGUAUCCGAGGUAAUCUAUUUGCCCAGAGAUCGUUUGGUACUGCAGCAAAGAGUACAUAUGCGAUAGAGGAAAAAAAACUGGUAGCAUGUGUUUGAGACUAAAAACGGUUCACUUACGAUUUCAUUUAUACAUUCCCGGACCCGGAAGAUAGUUUUCGCUUGCACAACUGAAUUUGAGGGUUUGACGCGAAAUAAAAAGCUACACAGAAUGGACGAACAAAAUACUCUACUUAAAGCAGAACUUUCACAAUUUGGAGCGAUUCUAAAACAGCACUAUGUAUAUUGGUGAACCAUAAACGGGGCUAUUAUAGUGGUUCCGUUGUUUAGAUGAAAACUGUGCUUUUAAAAAGCACCGAGCAAUCAAUAUUUUGCUUGUAUAGAAAAAAAAUAAAUUAAUUAAAGUAAUAAAGUUGACAAAAUAUCUCCGUUGAAAUACACUCCAUUUUAUCAUGCUUUCUCAUAAGGCAGUUUGUCGUUUGCCCAUGAGAUAUGUAUGUUUGCAAAUACACAAUUGCCUUUUCAUUAGUCAACAAAAAAGGAACUUUGCGUUUUCUGAACUGCAGUUGUUGAUUUUAUCACAUGUAAUAAGUUACGUCACAAUUUUUUAUCUUCCAAAGAGAGAAAAGGGCAUCGGUUGGGGUGAACAUAAUCCAAGACAAACAACAGCAACAAACCGGUAACAAUAAGAAUAAAUGUAGUUUAGUUAGUAUUUGGAAAUACUGAUUUUCAGAUUACCAUUCUAGUAAAUAUCGUUUAGUUUACUGUCCUAACGUAAGUGUCUGAAAAUGCGGGAAAGGGUGUACGGGAAAUCAACUAAUAGUGCAACAAAAGGUACUGCUGGCUAAGUUUCCAGUGGCCAUAGCCCACAUGAUCACUCCGAGUCUGCUUACUGGCGUUAAUUCUUUCUCGUAUCGCAUUGCAUUCUAUGGCUUUCGUUGCACGCAUAAGAUGCGCCUUGGAAGUACUUCGUGAAAACUGUUGAAAAAUUCUAAAUCAUCAAACGCUGUAAAAUCAAAAGCCGGCGGGAAAAUUGCAAAAGAUAUAGUGAUUAAUCUUACUGUGGGAAAUGAUGCACCUUAUAAAAGUGUAUAAUGAAAA